AAAUACGACGAUGUCUCGCAACAAGCUAGAAACUCAAUCAAGAUGGGCUGGUGUAUUCCUUCCUCGUGUUCUUCUUGGACUUGGAGGAGUAUCUGAACCACAAUACAGAUCAUCGGUGGCCUGCGUACUUUUCCACGGCGACUUGUUCGUCGAUUCGUUCUUCCUGUUGAGCGGACUUCUGGUGGUGUACGUUCUGUUGAAUCAGUUCGAGAAAAGGAGGGUGAACCCCGGAUUCAUCGUGCUUCUAAGAUAUAUCAGAAUCAAUGGUAACACGUAG